GCAUUACUUUCGUAUUCGCGAAUAGAAAGGAAACUUCUUUCCCAGAGUUGUGUUUCUUCCUGGGGGAGGCAGAAGUGAAAAAUCAAUUCCAUUAUAUUUGAAUGCGCAAAUUGUUCGUGAAUAGUUUUUCCUCGCAGUGAGAGUUUUCAUUUUAUUUAGUUUGGUAAAGUUAAGGUACACUUGAAAGAUAUUCAAAUGCGUUUCGAAGAAGGGUGUAUAGUCGAGUAACAUUUAUGCAGUUGCAGCACAGUGAAGUAAUGCAAAUUAUGCAAAAAAAUAUGAAGUCGGUUCAAUAUAAUUCGUCUUCUUCAUAGGUCGGGCAUUCCGGGGUGCGAUGGUGUUUGUGAAAUUUAUCGUUUUGUGCGGAGCAAGCUGGUCGAUUGAAUAAAGAAAAAGGAAGAGGGUUUUUUUUCGCAAAUUUUUCUUCCUCAUCUGUCUUGCCACUUUGCAUUACUGCAAAUUUUUUCUUGGUGAAGUGCUUUCUCAUUGUGCUAGUUCGAUUAAACUGGGUGAGAAACGAAACAAGUGAAAAUAUAAUUACCGCUGGUUUUGCAAAAUGAGAAAAUAAUGUAAAAGACGUGUGAAAACGUAGGAAAAUAAUACAUAAUACUAGUGAAGUAAAUCAAAUUUGUAAAAUUGAUUUACACAGUUCCAAGUACAACUGGAGAUAAUAGGAAGUGCAUUUACUCUCCAGGUGAAGUGAAAGUUUUACUGCACCGCGACUUGUCAAGUGUAACAACGUCAUAGCAGGAGGGAGUUGGUAAAUAUAGUGCCGCAAAUUGGUUGCCGCAGAGGAAUUUCGCGCAAUCUCCGGGUCUGCGCUGAGUGAGAUACAAACGAUUCAAACGUGGAUAUCGUACUACUGAAACGUUGUUCGACACGCGGUUAGAUACCGUUAGGAGAGUCACACGUGUGUAGAAGAGAGCCGAUUGCGUUGGGAUUGUUUCAGAAGUAUCGCCACGGCGCAAACGUAAACAACAUGGAAUCGCUGCCGACGUCGAACACCACAGUGGUAACUAGGAAUGGUGUUCAAAAGCUGGAGCCCGAUAAUGCCACCAAUGCUUCAACGGUUAAGAAAACACAAAUGCAGAAGCAGCCAAAAGAAAUUCACUAUGUCAACCCGUUUGUGCAUAAACUUAUCUGGGACGAUCCUAUUGAUAAAGUGAAGACUGCUUUCCUCACAGUAUUCUUGUUGCCAUUUCGAGUGAUACUUAUACUGAUCUGCCUGGUGAUAGCAUGGUCAUUAGCGACGAUAGGACUUUACGGCAUAUCCCGUGAAGAAUUAAGAACAAGACCCUUAUCAGGAUGGAGGCGACAGUUACGGUGCGUAACCGCGGUAAUGAUGCGAGGCCUCUUCCUGUUCGGCUCGUUCAACCUGAUCCGGACCAAGGGCGAACGGGCAUCGCCGAAGGAGGCCCCGGUGAUCUGCGUGGCACCGCACACCGCAUUCUACGACUCGAUCUGUGUGAUCCUGUUUGGGCCGUCGGCGGUGGUCGCCAAGUACGAAACCGCGUCGCUCCCGUUCUUCGGAAAGCUGAUCGACUACGCACAACCCAUUUAUGUGUGCCGUGAAGACCCCAACUCGCGGCAGACCACCAUCAAAGAAAUUAUCGAACGUGCCAACUCCAAGGAGGACUGGCCCCAAAUCUUGAUCUUCCCCGAGGGAACCUGCACCAACCGAACCUCGCUGAUACAAUUUAAACCGGGUGCUUUCUAUCCGGGAGUACCGAUCCAACCAGUGCUGGUGCGCUACCCGAAUAAGAUUGACACCGUCACCUGGACCUGGGAAGGACCGGACGCACUACAUCUGCUUUGGAGAACACUGACCCAGUUCCACACGUACUGCGAAAUCGAAUUUUUGCCCGUUUAUCAGCCAAACGAUGAGGAGAAGAAGGACCCUAAACUGUACGCACGUAACGUGCGCAAUAUGAUGGCCCGGGAGCUGGGUAUCCCCAUUUCCGAUUACACGUUCGACGACUGUAAGAUGAUGACGUUCGUUAAAAAUAUCAACAUGCCAUAUCCUCAAUUUAGUGCAGAUAUCGAGAAACUACGGAAGGAGUUAGGAUUAAACAAACUCAACAUUGAGGAACAACUGGUGGCAGACACCCCACAAUUUACAGACGAGAACAGCUAUCUGACGAUAGAGGAAUUUGCCAGUCGAUUGAAAGUUGCAGCAAACAGCGAGUCAACUAAGAAGCUCUUCCGGAUAUUUGUCAAGCCUGAACGUGGCAUGAACGUGAUCGAUAUUAGAGAGUACUUGUUACUAUCCCUGUUUCUAAUCACAUUGUAUUCACCAAAGCUGAAUUAUGUUCGAGUCUUAUUUCAGCUUAAUGGAGAUCGCGGGAAGGUUUCCCGGCAAGCGCUCUACAACUCAUUGAUGUACCUUGUGAAGAUUAGUCCGCAGGAAGCGGACGCCAUCUUUGUAACGGCGGACAGUGCAAAUUUGGGUGAAAUAUCGUUUGAUCAAUUUACCAGUGUGCUGGACAAAUACCCAGCGAUCCAGAAGAAACUCCAGAAAAAUAAUGAUCCCAACAAUAUGAGGCUUACUUAAUCAUGCAAAAGACGCCCUCAAUAGUUUGUAGUAGCUAGCACCAUCCUCCGUUGCGUUGAUAAGAUCUUCGAAUUAAUUUUAAUGUAGCUUCCAUAAGUCAGCAACGUCGAUAGGUGGCGUGAAGAAUUAAGAUCCUCGAAAGUCUACUUAAAUCGAUAAUAGAGAACUAUUUAUUAUUUAUUGUGUUCAUAAUGCAAUGAACUUAUAAUAGCCGCCAUAAGAAUGGAAACGUCAUUACUAUGGUAUUAGGACCUGGACAAAGUCGUAAAAUGGAAACCUAAUGUACUUCUCUUAGUUAUUAAAAGGAUUUUAUGUUACACGCUAAGUGGAUAAAUUACAUGCUGUACCAUGUUUGGGAAGAAUGACUGAUACUAUACUCAAAUGAUCUUUUAAUCAAAGAUAGCCAACGCUAAAAGUAUUGUACAGAGAUAUAAACCACAUAAUCAAAAUGGAUGCUCAGCUAUCCUGAUACUAUAUCAACAAAAUGAAGCAGUGCGUGUGACUCAUCGUUUACUCGAAAUAUCGAUUGUGUGUAAUGUGAACAGUCUUUCAAUAGCUUCUGAUAUAUGAGAGAUCCAUGUCCAGAAAUAAUUAAAAAUAAUAAUACACGGCUUUGGCAAAUAUGUGUUAUGUAUUUAUAACAAUCUUGACUGGUUUUAUCUGACGUGUAUUUAUGACCCAAACUGAAAUGGUUAGAGACGUGAUGUUGAACAGAUGUAAAGUCUUGUGUAGAAAUAA